AGGUGAGGUAGUCGUUCACCUGCCUGCAGCUCCUCGGCUCAGAACCAACCUGCAGACCGAACAGUCGGACCCGGGACUCAUGUUCGUCCACAGUUUGGACCCAACUUCAACAACACGGAGGUCCAAACACCUGCCUGAUGGACCCUGAGGUUUAAUAAAAGGGGAUUUUGCAAUGCCACCGUGACAAAGACACAAGGAUCAUGCUGUCACACCGCAGGGGAAGGAGUCUCUCCGAGUCCCUGAUCCUGGAGCAGUCAGACGAGGGAGGACUGGUCGUUUCCAGCAUCGACAACAAUUCCUCAGCCAAUCAGGGAUUGAGAGAAGGGGAUGAACUUUUGGGGGCAACAAUCAACUUUGAUCAACUUUCAAAAACCGAGGUGUUGAACGUACUAAAGAUGAUGGAGCCGUUUGAUGGCAAGGUCCAUGUCCUGACCAGGAACAACUUGAGCAAGAGUCUUGGAAAUUUGGACCAGUGUGCCAAGACUCCUGAGACGAUGCUGAACGAUUCCUACAACAAACUCUACAAUGCAAAAAUCAAGAAAUUUAUGAAAGAUGACUUUAACGGUGCCAUGGAGGGCUCUGUCAACAAGGAGGUUACUCCCAAGUCAACUGUACCAGGCUCAUCGAAGGUCAACCUCAAGCACAACAUGGGGUUGCCUCGCUGUGGAGUUGACUUUGGACUUAUGAAAAAGAAGACUCUGGCCAUUGACGACGAUGCUGGAGAAUUAUCAUAUGACAGCAAUCUGAACCUUCCACCUAUGGGUCUUGGGUCCAAUAGGACUACUCUAAGUGGAGCUCAGGUACCAAGACUGAAAGUGAAUGCUAGAAGUCCACAAUUUAAUGCUCCAGACGUUGGUAUACAACUGCCAGACACUGAUAGUCCGUCUCUUGACUUGACAAUGCCAAAUCUUGAAAGAACUCAAUUUGGGCUGGAAAGCAAUGGAACUUUUAGAGGUCCAGAAAUGGGUAUGGACUUAAAAGGUUCAGGUCUUACUACCUCUGAUAUGGGAAUCUCUGGACCUUCUUUUAGUGGUCCAGAAGGUGAGGUCCAGCUCCCGGAUGUAGGAACUCCAGAUGUUCCCUCAGGUAAACUCGGUCUCAAGUAUUCCAAGAGACUGAAAAACCCAAAUCUAAAUGUGGACAAUCCUACCGGAUAUGUAGAGUCACCCAGGCUCAGGCUGUCUGGAGGAUCUCCUGAUUUGGACCUAGAAAUGCCAGGUGUUGAUGUAUCACAACUUGAUAUACAAAGGCCAGGCAUUGACAUGCCUUCAGGGAAAGUCAAAUUGCCAUUUAAGAAACCAAAGAUUGAUCUUAAAUCUUCGGAUUUAAAUGUGGAUGCCCCAUCUGGUAAAUUGACUAUGCCUAAAUUUGGGUUCUCAGGCAAAGGUGAAGUUGAUGGUAAAACACCUGACCUCAGUCUUGAAACACCAAAGAUAAAAGGUGGAAUUCAUGAACCUAAUGCAAAUCUACCUAAAGUUGACCUAAAAGGACCAAAGUUAGCCGUUGGCACUCCAUCUGGAGCAUACGAAGCGCCUUCGUUUAAAAUGCCCAAAUUCAAUUUACCAGGUAUCCAAGUUCCCAGUUUUAAUGGAGAUUUAGACGGACCAGAUGUGCGAUUGGCAGCACCAGAACUCAAAGCUAGAAUUGCAGAUCCAAAUAUUGACAUCGAUUCACAAGAUCUAAGUCUGAAAGCUCCAAAGAUAAAGGGUGGAUUUGAUGCCCCUGACUUGGACUUACCAAACAUGAACCUUAAAUCUCCCAAGUUAGAUGUUAACACUCCAGAUCUCAACAUUGGUUCACCCAAAGCAAAAUUUAAAAUGCCGAAAAUGAAAAUGCCUAAAUUUGGUCUACCAAACCGGAAAGGACCUGAGAUUGAUGGAAGCUUUGAUGGCCCAGAUGUUGAUGUAACCGUGCCAAAUGUUAAUCUUGAAGGUCCUAAGGCUGAUGUGGGAAUGCCAGAUUUUGAUGUUUCUGGUCCUUCAGGUAAAUUCAAAAAGCCAAACUUAAACCUGCCUGGUUUUGGACUUUCUGGUCCAAAGUUAAAUAGCCCUAACCUGGACCUUAAAACACCUGAUCUAGAUAUAUCUGGUCCAAAUCUUAGUGGUGGUUUAAAUGCACCAGACAUAAACAUGCCCAAGGUUGAUCUCAAAAGCCCCAAACUAGACCUUAAUACCUCAAAGCUCAACAUGCCAUCAGGUAAAAUGAAAAUGCCAGAGCUUCAUGCUCCAGACUGGGAUGUUAAUGCUCCCUCAGGCAAAUUGAAAAUGCCAAAAUUAAACCUUUCAGGUACAUUACCAAAGGGACCAAACAUGGACAUUGAUUCACCAGAUCUAAGUCUGAAAGCUCCAAAGAUAAAGGGUGGAUUUGAUGCCCCUGACUUGGACUUACCAAACAUGAACCUUAAAUCUCCCAAGUUAGAUGUUAACACUCCAGAUCUCAACAUUGGUUCACCCAAAGCAAAAUUCAAAAUGCCCAAAAUGAAAAUGCCUAAAUUUGGUCUACCAAACCGGAAAGGACCUGAGAUUGAUGGAAGCUUUGAUGGCCCAGAUGUGGAUGUAAAUGUACCCAAUGUCAACCUCAAAGGUCCUAAAGCUGAUGUGGGAAUGCCAGAUUUUGAUGUUUCUGCUCCAUCAGGAAAACUCAAAAAGCCAAAUUUUCACAUGCCUGGUUUUGGGCUUUCUGGUCCAAAGUUAAAUAGCCCUAACCUGGACCUCAAAACACCUGAUCUAGAUAUAUCUGGUCCAAAUCUUAGUGGUGGUUUAAAUGCACCAGACAUAAACAUGCCCAAGGUUGAUCUCAAAAGCCCCAAACUAGACCUUAAUACCCCAAAGCUCAACUUGCCGUCAGGUCAAAUGAAAAUGCCAGAGCUUCAUGCUCCAGACUGGGAUGUUAAUGCUCCCUCAGGCAAAUUGAAAAUGCCAAAAUUAAACCUUUCAGGUACAUUACCAAAGGGACCAAACAUGGACAUUGAUUCACCAGAUCUAAGUCUGAAAGCUCCAAAGAUAAAGGGUGGACUUGAUGCCCCUGACUUGGACUUACCAAACAUGGACCUUAAAUCUCCCAAGUUAGAUGUUAACACUCCAGAUAUCAACAAUGGUUCACCCAAAGCAAAAUUCAAAAUGCCCAAAAUGAAAAUGCCUAAAUUUACGGUCCCAAGACUUAAAGGACCUCAGAUUGACGGAAAUUUGGAUGUCCCCGAUGUUGACGUAAAUAUACCCAAUGUUAACCUCAAAGGUCCUAAAGCUGAUGUGGGAAUGCCAGAUUUUGAUGUUUCUGGUCCAUCAGGAAAACUCAAAAAGCCAAAUUUUAACAUGCCUGAUUUUGGGCUUUCUGGUUCAAAGUUAAAGGGCCCUAACCUGGACCUCAAAACACCUGAUCUAGAUAUAUCUGGUCCCAAUUUUAGUGGUGGUUUAAAUGCACCAGACAUAAACAUGCCCAAGGUUGAUCUCAAAAGCCCCAAACUAGACCUUAAUGCCCCAAAGCUCAACUUAGACAUGCCAUCAGGUAAAAUGAAAAUGCCAGAGCUUCAUGCUCCAGACUGGGAUGUUAAUGCUCCCUCAGGCAAAUUGAAAAUGCCAAAAUUAAACCUUUCAGGUACAUUACCAAAGGGACCAAACAUGGACAUUGAUUCACCAGAUCUAAGUCUGAAAGCUCCAAAGAUAAAGGGUGGAUUUGAUGCCCCUGACUUGGACUUACCAAACAUGGACCUUAAAUCUCCCAAGUUAGAUGUUAACAGUCCAGAUCUCAACAUUGGUUCCCCCAAAGCAAAAUUCAAAAUGCCCAAAAUGAAAAUGCCUAAAUUUACCGUCCCAAGACUUAAAGGACCUCAGAUUGACGGAAAUUUAGAUGUCCCAGAUGUUGAUGUAAAUGUACCCAAUGUCAACCUCAAAGGUCCUAAAGCUGAUGUGGGAAUGCCAGAUUUUGAUGUUUCUGGUCCAUCAGGAAAACUCAAAAAGCCUAAUUUUAACAUGCCUGAUUUUGGGCUUUCUGGUCCAAAGUUAAAGGGCCCUAACCUAGACCUCAAAACACCUGAUCUAGAUAUAUCUGGUCCCAAUUUUAGUGGUGGUUUAAAUGCACCAGACAUAAACAUGCCCAAUGUUGAUCUCAAAAGUCCCAAACUAGACCUUAAUACCCCAAAGCUCAACUUAGACAUGCCUUCAGGUAAAAUGAAAAUGCCAGAGCUUCAUGCUCCAGACUGGCAUGUUAAUGCUCCCUCAGGCAAAUUGAAAAUGCCAAAAUUAAACCUUUCAGGUACAUUACCAAAGGGACCAAACAUGGACAUUGAUUCACCAGAUCUAAGUCUGAAAGCUCCAAAGAUAAAGGGUGGACUUGAUGCCCCUGACUUGGACUUACCAAACAUGAACCUUAAAUCUCCCAAGUUAGAUGUUAACACUCCAGAUCUCAACAUUGGUUCACCCAAAGGAAAAACCAAAAUGCCCAAAAUGAAAAUGCCUAAAUUUAAUGUGCCAAAUCUCAAAGGACCUGAGAUUGAUGGGAACUUUGAUGGUCCAGACAUUGACAUGAACGCACCCAACAUCAACCUCAAAGGGCCGAAAGGUGUUGAUUUUGGCGGCCCAUCGGGAAAGAUUAAAAAGCCACAUUUGAAAAUACCCGAUGUGGGGUUUUCCAGUCGCAACUUAGAUGGCCCAAACUUUGACUUGAAUUCAGACCUAAAAACUCCAGAUUUUAAUGUCAAAGCUCCAAAAUUGAAAGGUGGAUUUGAUGCUCCCAAAAUGGGCCUUAACAUGCCAAGUGUAAAUACACCAGACCUCAGUUUCUCUGGACCUAAGGCAAAAAUACCAGACAUGAAUCUUUCUGGACCCAAACUGAAAGGCCCUAGCAUGAGUGUGCCAGACUUAGAUUUGCCUGAUGCCAGUUUCAAAGGUCCCAAGCUAGACCUCAAUGCAAAAAGUCCAGAUCUAGGAAUAAAUGGUAACGUAGGAGGACCUGACAUGAACUUUACUGCCCCUAAUGUCAAAGGAGGACUAAGAGGCCCAGAGGCUGGCAUACAGGUUCCCUCAGGAAACAUCCAUGGUCUUCAGAAUGAUUUGGAUUUGCCAGAUAGAAAAUUCAAUGCUCCUUCUUUCAAGCUGCCUCAGUUUGGAGGCUUAGAUCUAAACAGGGCAGAGACUGAUUUUGACUUUGAAACAUCUCGGAAAUCAACAAAUCUGGAUUUUUCUCCUCCCAAUGCAAAACUGAAUAUGAAACAACCACAGUUGGAGGGUGACUUUACAGGUCCAAAUGUUAGUGUUCCCAAAAUGCCGAAAGGGGCAAUGCAGGGUCCACAGCUGCAUCUUAAAUCUCCAGAUCUUAACAUUGAUGAUUCUUCACGUAAUUUCAGAGUACCUUCUUACUCAAACCGCAGAUCAGAUAUCCCAGGGGUAAACAUGAGAAUGCCUUUCAUGGACGUAGAUGGAGAUGUUGGACUUCGUCACACUGAUGGACAAUCAUCUAGGACCAAAGUCAGGUCCAGCUACCCUCAGGUGGAUGCUGGUUUUGGCGACAACAUUCCUUACAACCAUUCUGAUCUCAACAUUGAUGAUUUCACAGAAAAGCACCAUGUUCCUAAAGCCAGAGGUGCAGAACUGGGCUUCCAGCCCCCACCUAAUUAUGGAAAGGUGAACUCCCCUGUUAAUAUUGACAUGAGGGACCCCAGACACACCAGGACAACACCUUCUGGUGAUGUGGAUGUGUAUUCGAGGCACCACAGAACAACGCAGCAAGAAUCUAGAGCACGUUUGCAAAAUCCCAAAACUCAAGUCCCUGACAGUUCAGAUGGAUACUAUGUCACCGUUUUCCCCAACCAAGCACAACCUCAAAGAAUGCCAAACCGAAAAUAUAACACCCUGGGGGGGCCUGAUUUUCACUCAGGAGACCUGGACCUCGAUGUUCCAAGAGAAAAUGACCUAAAAGGGGGUUCAACUUUCUUUUUCUCAAACCUCAUGUAGGUUUUUAAACCCACUACUGUGUCCAUAAGUGAUACAAAAUGUUUCUUUUAGUGUGUUUUUUUUAUAUCGGGUUUAUCGUUGACUUGUGACUUAAGCUGUUGUCGGUUUAUUGUAUAAUUUAUGCAUUUUUUUAAAUGUGUUCUUGCCACAUUUAGGUUUUUUGUAUAAAAAGCCGUGUUGCUUUGUAAUGCAGCAUUCAUGCACUUGUUUUAUUAUAAAUUGCAUUUUGUCAUUUUUACUAUGUAUUAUACAAUACUACAAUACUAAAAGUAGGUAUUCUUUCUAUGUACAUUUAAGUUACUUUAUGGCACACACAAUCUCCCAAAUCCCCUAAAUUCCUCGGAUGUUGAAACUCAAGGAGGAAAUCUGUGGAUUUUUUGGGGUACUAUUACUAGGUCAAAGCAUGAAAGGAUUUUUUUUGUUUUAUAUUAUCAACUAAAUGUUUAAAAACCCCAAGUUUUGCAUGUG